AACUGCAUCUCAUACUUUGCACGCAUAUUCGCCAUGUCUGAGGAAGACGUAACCCACACCGCCAGGGGCCACGGCUACAAGCACCGCUCCCAGUACCCCCUCACUGCCGCCAUGGUCGACGGAAAGCCCGUCACACAGCACGUCGAGGGCGGCUCGGAAAAGCCCGCGCUCGCCAGCGACAACUCGGACGACCACCACCCCCUUGCUCGCAAGAAGAGCCACAAGGUCGACCUCAUCUCCAACACCAAUGCCAAACUGGCCAACCCGCUCGGCGACCUCACAGACGAAGAGGUCAUGGAGAAUGCCGCAGCGUUUGCCGCAGCCAACAACUUGCCCGUGGAGGCAUUCCGCAAGGGCGGAGUGCUCGCCAAAAGGCCACAUGCUUUUGAAAAGUUGGCCAUCUUGAAUGAGGAAGACAAGGCCCGUCUCAGGUUCGAGGUCGAGCAUCCCUACCGUUCUCAGACAUGGCAGCUCUACAACAUGGUCAUUGCCUGUUCCGUGGCUGCUGCCGUGCAGGGUAUGGACGAGUCGGUCAUUUCAGGUGCCCAGCUUUUCUUCCCCUCGCAAUUUGGUAUCGGCGAGCCCAACAUCAACCCGCAAUACGCCAACAACCAUGAAUGGAUCAUGGGUAUCACCAACGGCGCCCCAUACCUUGCCUGUGCUCUUAUCGGAUGUUGGCUUACUGACCCACUCAAUAAUUGGCUCGGACGACGAGGAGCUAUCGCUGUGACCGCUUUCAUCUCUUUCGUCACUUGUAUUUGGGCCGGAUGCACCAACACCUGGUGGCACCUGUUUAUUGCUAGAUUCUUCCUCGGUAUCGGUAUUGGUCCCAAGUCUGCUACCGUCCCUAUCUUCGCGGCAGAAUGUGUUCCUGCGCGAAUCAGAGGAUCACUCGUUAUGCAAUGGCAACUGUGGACCGCAUUCGGUAUUAUGCUUGGUUACGCGGCCGAUCUCAUGUUCUACCACGUGUCGGACAAGCCUCAUAUCACGGGUCUCAACUGGCGUCUGAUGAUUGCUUCGGCUGGUAUCCCCGCCUUGGUUGUCCUGGCUCAGCUUCCCUUCCUUCCUGAAUCUCCUCGUUGGCUCAUGAAGAAAGGCCGCUAUGAAAAAGCCUUCCGCGCCAUGAUGCGUCUCCGUGGAAAUGAAGUCAUGGCUGCGCGGGACUUGUACUACAUCUUUGUCUUGCUCGAGGAAGAGGCUGCUAUCGUCCGAGGCAGGAACAGGUUCUUGGAGAUCUUUACGAUUGGACGUAAUAGGCGAGCAAUGAUUGGGUCCACUAUUGUCAUGUUUGGUCAGCAAUUCUGUGGUGUCAACGCUAUUGUUUACUACACUGCCACCAUCUUUUCCAGCGCUGGAUUCUCUGAAAUCGAAGCUCUUCUCGCUAGUUGGGGUUUCGGAAUGUUGAACGCCAUCUUUGCCAUCCCCGGUAUGCUCACCAUCGACAGAUUCGGUCGUCGAGCAUUGCUGCUCUUCACUUUCCCAAUCAUGGCCCUGCUCUUGUUGUUCACUGGGUUCUGUUUCUGGAUCCCCGAGGGAAAGGCAAAGAUUGGGUUGAUCACUCUUGGUAUCUAUCUGUAUUGUAUUGCAUACUCUCCCGGAGAAGGACCUGUCCCAUUCACCUACUCUGCCGAGGUCUACCCUCUAUACAUUCGAGAACUGGGAAUGUCGCUCGCGACCGCCACUCUCUGGCUGUUCAACUUUAUCGUGUCUUUCACGUUCCCUCGUUUGUUGACUGCUUUCAAGCCUCAGGGAGCGUUUGCUUGGUAUGCCGGUUGGUGUGUCUUGCUCAGUAUCUUGAUCUUGUUCUUCUUGCCAGAAUCAAAGUAAUUAUAUCCCUUGAUCCUAUCUUUUUAAAACUCCAACUAAUGUCUCGCAGGGGAUACACUCUUGAAGAGCUCGACCAAGUCUUCUCCGUCCCUACCGGCGUACACGCCAAAUACCAGCUUUACAACCUCAAAUGGCAUUUCAAGCACUACAUCCUCCGCUCUAAAGAACCCCACGAGGCGCUCUACAAGUUCGACGAUGAUUUGGCUGAUGACAAAGAGUUCUUUGAGUCUAGGAAGGACGGGCAGAUCCAGCAUGUGGCGUAAAUGCCUUGUAUCGAUAGCAACAGAGUGAUAUCUCGCCCGUGGGAAGGGCUUAAUAAAGUAUUCGCAAUCGAAAAACAAGGGGUUCAAAUAAUUAGAUCAUUUUUUGUUCAUAUGUGGCAUGCUUUCUAUCUUUUGAUGGGACUGCUUUUGGAAUGUAUCUAUAAUGCACUGUUCGAGCAUCCCUUGCUGGUCUUGAUGUGAACGCAAAAGUUGGAGCUGACACUGGCGAUACCAGGCCGCUGCCAAUGCA